CUUGUUUACAAUUUUUCUUUUUUUUUUUCUAAAGAAAUUUGUUUCACCCCAGGACGUUUGGUUUGAAAAGAGAAAAUGCAUUCCUUCCGAGCAGCUUGUCGGCUGCUGUCUUUGACGGCCCCAGCCCCGUUACGCUCAACUCAGGCGAUUCCAUCCUUCACUUCUCGCGUGACAGUUCCUCUCCGAAUUUCGCAGCCGCUCCUCCAGAGCCGCUGGAACAGCAAUGAAGUUAAACCCCAAUCAGAGCCUACCAGCACCGAUGCACCGGCUGAGACCCCGGUCGAGACCCCCGUCGAGAGUGAAUCACGCGAGCCCACAGCAAUCCGGUUUGUGAAAACAGAAGAGGCACACAGCCGACUCACCGAGGAAGAAAGAGUCGCGAAGAGGCGUGAACAACGUAAUCGGCUUCUGUCAACUCCCCCGAGCCCGAAGGAGACCGUUUUCAUCGGCAAUCUCUUUUAUGAUGUGACCGCCGAGGAUCUGAGACGGACGAUGGAGAAGUACGGAACUGUUGAAAAGGCCAUUAUCGUUUUUGACAGCCGGGGACUCAGUAGAGGGUACGGCUAUGUGCAAUUCGAUACUAUCGAAACCGCUCAACGCGCCAUUUCUGCCAUGCACUUGCGCCUCUAUGAGGGACGUCGCGUUACCGUGCAAUUCGCCCAGAACAACAUGAACCACCGCCGGGUUCUGCAGGAACCUUCGAAGACCCUGUAUAUUGGUAACCUGCCGUUUGAGAUGACCGAUCGGGACAUCAAUGAACUGUUCAAGGAUGUUCAGAAUGUCAUUGAUGUUCGUGUGGCGGUUGAUCGUCGGACCGGGCAGCCUCGGGGUUUCGCUCAUGCCCAGUUCAUCAGCGUUGCUAGCGCCCAGCAGGGAUUCGCGGUUCUUGAGAACAAGAAGCCGUAUGGCAGGACUCUGCGCCUCAACUACAGCAAGUCCACUAACAAGAGUGUGACUGAGCCUCUGGUUAAGGAAAUCGAAAACAACACCGAGUAAUUUGCCACGGCUGGUCUGGGUUGAUAUCUCUUCUGCAUAGGAGCUGUCAGGAGAGGAAACUUGUCAUGUACUUUACCUAAAUGAUUCGUUUUAAGUUGUGUAUUUUAAAUAGUAUAUUAUACCGUUGAGAUGAC